AUGUUUUUCCGUCGCAAGCCAGUGACGGCCCCCCUUCCCGGUGCUGCUAAGAAGGCGGCGUCAUUUCACUCGGGGGUGCCUGACAGCGACGAGGAUAUGGAGGAAGAAGAGGAGGAAAGAGAAAAGGAGGAGGAAGAGGAGAGAGAAGGGGAGAGAGAAGGACGAGGGGUGAAGCCCUCUCGGCUGCGGAGGCGGCGGGAGGAGAGGGAACGAGAACGGGAGGAGCGGCGCCGGGCGGUGGAGGCGCAGCAGGAAGCCCAGCGGCUGCGGCAGGAGACUCAGCGGCAGCGGGAGGAGGACCGCGAGCGCGAGGAGGCGGAGCGGAAGGAGGCGGAGGAGAAGGCGCUGGAGGAACUGCGCGAGGAGCGGCGGCGACGCGAGGACGAAGAAUACGCCAAGUGGGUGGGCGCCAUCGGCGUGGAGGAGCGCGGCGAGUUGGGUGAUGAGGAGCGUACACGGCGGGAGACAUUGGUGGCGUUUGUGACAGCGCGAGGGAGGGAGCUGGAAGAGCGUCAGCAACAACAGGAACAACAAAGUGGAGAACACGCAGUGGCUGCUGCGGUUCCAUCAGAGGAUGACAAGGGGGCACGGAAUAUAUUGGUGCUGAGUGAUGUAGCUCGUGAACAUGGUGUUACAGUUGAUGUGGUUGUACAACUGAUAGAGAAGUUGCUAGAAGAUGGGAUAAUUAGUGGUGUCUUUGACGACAGAGGGAAGUUCGUGAUGGUAGCUGAGGCGCAUUUUGUAAAAAUUGCAGAGUUUAUUCAGCAACGGGGACGUGUUUCAGUGAGGGAACUCGUGAGAGAAUGCAACAGGGUGAUUUUAUCAUGA